ACACCGCUGAUAUUCUAGGAUUUACAGAAUAGUGCAGGAAACACUCAGAGAUGUGAUUAAUUAGAAAUGGUUGUAAAGUUUUGUGAUUAAUUAAUCCAGUUUAUCACAGGCUGGUUUACGGGAGGACUGUGUGUGCAGUUCCAUGAGUGUCCGCUAGAAGUGUGUGUGUGUGUGUGUGUGUGUGUGUGUGCAGUUCUAUGAGUGUCCACUAGAAGUGUGUGUGUGUGUGUGUGUGUGUGUGUGUGUGUGCGCGCGCGCGCGCGCAGCAGGUGUAGUUGUUAGAUUGUAACUCAGACAGAACUCACUCCGGAUCAGCCGGGACACUCUCUACAGCAUGCUGGGACUCACUCUGCUCACUCUGAGCACACUCAGCAGCAGCUCUGCUGGAGGUGAAGACAUUUCCCUGAUGUUACCAUUUCCUCCUGACCCCCCUGAGCCCCGCCCCCACUUCCUGCAGGAGCCACAGGAUGCUUACAUCGUCAGGGGCGGAGCCGUCAUUCUGAGCUGCAGCGCCACCCCAGCCAAUCAGAUUUACUACAGGUGUAACGGAGAGUGGGUCCACCAGAGGGCGCACCGCACUCAGGAGAGAGUGGACCAUGCCACGGGUGUGCUGGUGAGGCAGGUGUGUAUCGAGGUGCAGAGGCUGCAGGUGGAGAGGACGGUGGGGUCGGGGGGGUUUUGGUGUCAGUGUGUGGCCUGGAGCUCCACCGGAACCACCAAGAGCCGCAAAGCUCACGUUCACAUUGCCUAUCUGAAGAAGGUGUUUGAGUUGGAGCCACUGGGGGAUGAAGUGGCUCUGAGUCAGGAGGUUCUGCUACAGUGCCGUCCACCUGAGGGGAUCCCACCUGCCCAGGUGGAGUGGGUGAAGAACGGAGAUGUUAUUGAUCCUGCAGCUGAUCGGAAUUUCUACAUCACUACUGAUCACAGUCUGAUAAUCAAAAAGGCGAGACUGUCCGAUACAGCUGACUACACCUGCAUCGCUCACAACAUUGUAGCUAAGAGACACAGCACCACGGCAACCGUCACCGUCUAUGUGAACGGGGGCUGGUCCAUGUGGACAGAGUGGUCAGUGUGUAGUGGUGAAUGUGGGCGGAGCUUUCGGCACCGGACACGCAGCUGCUCCAGUCCGGCUCCGCUAAACGGUGGCACACAGUGUGACGGACAUGCAGUUCAAAAACUCACCUGCACCGCCCACUGCCCAGGGAUGGACGGUGUGAUGGUGUGUGUGUGUGUUCUGGCUGUGAUGGUCCUGCUGGUUCCCCUUGUUGCUCUGCUGCUGUACCACAGAUACCACCUCAACCCUCCCACCAACACUAUCACCACCGGGGCGUUCCAGCCCACCUGCAUCACAGCUACACACACAGGAGUCCGGCCUGGUUCUCCUCUCGGACGGGUUCUGCAGUUCUGAUCCCAGACCCGCAGGAGGUUCCACUCCGAUACCACGGCAACCGCAGCCUGCCAGUGCCAGUCAGUGUUUUUUUCUGUAUCAGCUACACCAGAUAACCGACAGGAUGCGCUAUUUAUCUGUUGUUUUUCUCCAAAUGUUUUUGAUAUAACUAUUUAUUUCCGCGGCGCUCUGGCGCCCCCUGGGGGAUACAGUUGAUGAAGCUUCUGCAGAGUGACUGCAUCACCGUGGAUUAGAGCUUAGAUUCUCUGCCUGAACCCAUCUUCAUUCCUCGGGCCGGGUCAGGUCGGGAUCCAGAAAAUAGUCUGAGAUGCAGGCAUCUGUUUUUUAAUUAUAUUUUUAUUUUAUAUAAAGCUCUAGCGUGAUAAUCACAAUAUAGCUAAGGAACCAAGUAUUAUCCUUAACGAAAACGAACGAAAUAACUAAAACUGAAAGUGAAAAAACAUUUUUGUUAACUGAAACUAAUAAAAACGGUAAUUAAAAGGAAAAAACAUAACUUACUGGAACUGUAUAGUGUGUUUAUAAAAUUAACUAAAACAAAUUGAAAUAGAGUACCCUUUGUUUUUUGUGUUUUUUAUUAUUUAAUAAGCGCUGUUUUCACUCCAGCAUUUUUACUGCGCUGUGUUGUGCCGCACGCGGAGCCGGAUUCUGCGGGGAGUCAGAUUCGGCACUAAAUAACGACACCUGAACACCCCACGCCGAAGGAUUAACUCUCUCUCUCUCUCUUACUCACUGAUAGUUAAUAACUUUGGUGAAAAUUAGUGAAACCUGUAAAGUUUUUUCAGUUUUUGAGUUAGUUUAUGUGUUUCUCACAUUGAGCUCUCUGAUGUGAUGUGCAAAAACUAAUAAAAACUAGCAAACCCACUAUAAAAAAAUAAUAAUAAUAAAAUUAAAUUAAACUAUAAUGAAAAUUUCAAAACUAUUAUAACCUUGUAAUUUACAAGAAAGGUGCACCAGUUAUAAUAUUAUAAUCACACUGCUCUGGCCGCAUGUGAGCUACUCCACAAAGUCCGCGUUUGACUUGCAGCGCUGUCUGCAGCUGUUCUUAAAAAAACAUUUUUAUUAAAUAAUAGGUCUGUGCUCCUUCAGUGUUAAAUAACAUUAAUCUGAACAGAUUCCGCUCAUUCAAACGGCCCAAAAACAGCCAGUUUAUGGGUCGGGUCAACCUCGGGCUCAUAAUGACAGUUUAUGGUUCGGGCAGAGCGUGCACGGGCUCGGGCCGGGUCGAUCUAAACUCUACUGUGGAUUAUGAUGAAUAUUUAUAGCUGUGGUAAGCCAGAAGGGCUGUAAUAUUAUUUUCAUUAUUUGUACUUUCCGAUUUGCAUGUUGCCGUUGUUUCGGUUAAUGGGUGUAUUGUUUGAUCUUGUUUGAAAACUGAAUAAAAUUUAUUUAAAAAACAAAA